GGGGUGAGGUGCCAGGAUGGCGAUGGGCGAGCAGCUGCUGCACAUCCUGGAUGAUCUGAGCGUGAAGGAGUUUGAGAAGUUCAAGUUUUACCUGCCCCAUGGGGGCACGGCUCCCCACAUACGCCGCGGGAAGCUGGACGGCGCCUCCCGCAUCCAGGUGGCUGAGCUGCUGAUGCAGACAUACCCCCAGGAAGCGCUAGACAUCACCAACCAGGUGCUGCGCAAGAUCCCAAGGCUGGACCUGGUCCAGGGCGGCCAGCUCCAGACAGGAGGAGAAACUGGGAACUGCGGCGACGAUGCAAAUCACAGUGAGGCUGCAAAUAGCAGCGCCAGGGCAGAGAGGCAGAGUCUGGUUUCAGAGCAGCAGCUGAUGAAGCUGGCAGGGAAAAUGGGCAAGACCUGGAGGCAGAUCGGCAUUGAGUUCCUGGGCCUGGAGAAUCACUGUCUGGAGCAGAUCGAGGAGAACUAUCCCGGCAACACCAAACUGCGAGCUUUCAGCAUGCUCUUGGAGUGGAGGAAACGAGCGAAGCAGGAUGCCACUGCCAUCCACCUUUGCACCAUUCUCUCCCAGGACGGGGUGCCCCUGCAGCCCGAGGCCCUCGACUGUCUCCGGGACACAGGCAGUGCCUAAGGAGAUCUGGGGGGCUUAGUCCAGGGCAGCGGGUCUCAACCAAGGGUCUGUGAGCAGGGCCAGCGUUAGCCAAUCUGGGGCCCAGGGCAGGAAGCCAAAGACCUGCUGUGCAGAGCUGAAGCCUGGGGCCCUGAGCCCUGCCUCCGGGGCUGAAGCCGAACCCUGAGCAACGUAGGCUGGCGUGGGACCCCGGGCAGUUGCCCUGCUUGCUAGCCUCUAACACUAGCCUUGGCUUUUAUAUGCAGAAAAACAAUUGUUUUGGCACUGGUGGGCCAUGGAGUUUUUAUAGCAUUGGGUGGGGCGGGAGGAAUGGCGGUCAGAAAGAAAAAGGUUGAGAACCCCAAGUCCAGGGGGUGGAGUGGCCUUGUGAUUAAAGGACUAGCAUGGUACUCUGGGGACCUUGAUUCAAUUGGCAGUGGUGCUUUAGUUUUGGGGUGUCUGAUUUAAGACACACACACACACACACACACACACACCCAGGGCCUGACUUGCAGAGAGGCCGAGCACCCACUGCUCCUGUUGAUCUUAGCAGGAGUGGAGGGUGCUCAGAAACCAGGCCCUCGGUGGCACCCAGGAAUCAUUGGCCACUUUGGAAAAUGCUGGCCUCUGUCCUGUGCCUCAGUUUACCUACAUGUGCAAUGGGGAAAACAUGGCCAGAUUUUCUAAAGAGCUCAGUGUCCAGCAGCUCCCAUUGCUCUACUCCAGCCAGGGAGGCCCUUGUGCAGGAGAGGGGGUUACUCAGGAGACCAGAUGUACUUCCUUUAAAUCCACUUUCACUGCUAGCAGUCUCAAGUGCCACCGAGUCAGGCCCCAGAUAUGUAUCUGGUUGCUUCCCCCAUCCAGCCUACCACCAAUUGCUAGCUGGGGUGGGUCAGUCCAGCAGGGGGCCCAGAACAGCCCCAGGGAAUGGAUCCAGGCGUGGGGGCAGAAGGAGGGGGAGGAGACACCUGUGAUCUGGGGCAGCUAUAAAGUGGGAGACCCUGUGGUGGCCGGGCUGGGCUCUUCCCCACUCACAGGGACAUCACUCGAAGAAGAACCUGGGGAUCCUUUCCCCCAGGCCUCUCCCUGGGGGAUCCACUCCCCCGAUCUCGCCUUGGGGUCUCGGCUAGGCAGCUCUUUUUUAAAGACCGUUUUUACCAAGAAGCACAAUUGA